CAUGUAACAGCCCGCUAACGUCAGUGACGCUUUUACCACGUCUGGCAACGUUACAUGACAGCCGUGGGGUGAUAGCCGGACAGUGAACAACGGUUUAACACGUGGGUUUGCCGGUUUGCUUUCCGCAGUUUUGUCUUUGUGGUUUUCGUGCUGCAGUGUUUCUGUUUUUGUCUGGCGCGACAUGUAUGCGUGUGUACGGUAUGAAGACGAGGUAGACGCCAUCUUGCCGAUCCAUUUGAUCAAGAAUUUCAACCCGCGAACUACUGAUGACUUCGACCAAGGCACCACCAGGAAAGCUUUUUGGCAGUCAAAGACCGGCGACGGGAAAGGCUACUACAAUACAAAGGUCAAAUUGCUUGGAAACUCUCUGGGUGAACUUAUUCAAGAUAUGUCAAACAAGCGGAUGCGAAUUCCUGACAUUAUAGAUCCUCCAGAAUGCGCACAAACCAGUGGGAUGACAUCAAAGGUUGCCAAAAAUCCCAAAGUCCUGAAGGAAAAGCGAGAGGAAGCCCAAGGCAAACAGCUGAACCAAAUCAUGAGGAAAAGGAAUUUUGCAAAUGCUGCUGAGGGUGGGAGUGAGAGCAUAGAAACUGUUCCACGCAAGGUAUUUCUUCAUGAAAAGAAGAAGCGCCUCGAGCUUGAACAGGAAAAUCGCAGUCUGAGAGAGGAGCUCAGUGCUGAGCGUAAACUCUGCCGCCAGAUACAGCAGGUUCUACUUCAGAAGCAUGCAACAGUGACGAACUCCUUGAAUGUUGCGCUUGCUGCGGAUUCACUGUCCACUAAAAGUGAUUGCAUGCAUGUGGAGCACAUCCGUGGGCGACCACCUCUGCUUCCUGUCCCGCAAACUGCGGAGCCACUGAAUGAUAGCAGUAGAUCACCAGAUGAACAUGUGUUUGAGAGGUGCAGAAGCUUUGCAUCAGAUGCUCCUAUCGUUCCUGAAGAAGGUGGCCCUUGUGAGGAGGAAGAGAUAAUUCCAACAGCUGUUUGUGAGCCUGCAGCUGUUAGCAAGGCUUCACUCCAUGUCCAGGAUGAGCCUUGUACUGUACACCCAACAAGUGACGCCAUUGUUGCUUGUGCGACUUCACCACAGAUGGCGCUCGGUACCGCACCGCCCACCACACCAGUGCAGACAGUCGUCAUUGAUGAGAGGAACCUCUCCACGCCGCAAACUCCCCACCGUAGUCGUGCAGCCAAGCCCGCAUCGCGACCUUUCUUGGGACGGUCGUGUGCACAAAGCAUGCCAACACGGCCAAGCCUGAACUUUGAUGGCGAUGAGGUUGCCCUUGAAGACAACAUAACGGUGAACAAGGAAAGGCUCGAGUGGGCACUGGGAGCUGCCAAGGAUUCACUCUUCUGUCGGGAGGUUGCGAGGCUCCUGUGGACUGGGGAGGAACUUUCGGAACGCAGUGUGACGGGGGAGGCAUGUCGCCGAUACGCGAAGAGUGGAGCAGUUGGCAAAAAACGUCUCACACCGAAGAAGAUGGAUGCGCUAGGAAAUGCGUUCUGGGAGUAUUUGAAGCGGACUGGGUCACAUGAGAAGGAGGAGCGCUUCAAGCAAGUAACAUUCCAUAUAAGAAACCUUCUGUCUGAUAUAAACAGGAAAAAAUAAAAGCA